AUCCAAAACCCCUCCCUCCCAUUUCCGGCCACGAUGGCCACCCCCUCCACCUCCGCCUCCGCCGUUCCCCUCGCCGCCGCCGCCGCCGCCGCCGCCGCGCGCUUUCCCCGAGGGCCCUCCGCCCCCGGCACGCGCGCUUCCGCCCUCGCCGAGCGGCGCCGCACGUGGCGGCUCCGGAUGCACGAGGGCUCGGUGGAGAAGGGGAUGCGCGGCGCCGCAGGCAUGGGCGUGGCUGCCACUGGCCUCUCGCUCGGCCCCCGCUUCUUCCGCGGCCUCGCCCCCGCCCACGUUCUCGCCGGCGACAGCAUCAACAAAGGAGCGGAUGUUUUUCGUCCAGCAAAAAUAGAAGAAGCAUUCGGCACGAAGAUAUACAGAAAAUUGCUGCUGCAACUCGGUACAUUUCCAUGUUCCACUAUGGCAUGGUUAAGUUUUGCACGAACAGCACAGGCUGAUGAAGGAACAAAUAUAAACAUGGUUUAUGAGGUUGGGGAGCUAUUUGAGCUUGGAAUUCAGUUGUCUUAUCUUCUCAUACUGCUUGGUCUGCUUGGUGCUGGUACAUUUUUUGUCAUUCGUCAGGUUCUUGUCCGCAGAGAGCUUGAUCUUUCUGCCAAAGAGUUGCAGGAACAAGUGAGAAGUGGUGAUGCAAGUGCUACUGAGUAUUUUGAGCUUGGAGCAGUCAUGCUACGGAGAAAAUUUUACCCUGCUGCUAUCAAAUAUCUACAGCAAGCGAUCCAAAAAUGGGAUAGAGAUGAGCAAGAUCUCGCACAGGUGUACAACGCCCUGGGAGUCAGCUACAAGCGAGACAACAAACUUGACAAGGCGAUCCAGCAGUUCGAAAAGGCCGUCGAGCUUCAGCCAGGCUAUGUGACAGCUUGGAACAACCUUGGGGACGCAUUUGAGCAAAAGAAAGACCUCAAGUCUGCCCUCAAGGCAUUCGAGGAGGUGCUUCUCUUUGAUCCGAACAACACGGUCGCCAGGCCACGCCGAGAUGACCUGAAGCAGCGUGUGGGCAUGUACAAGGGAGUGCCACUGAAGUCAGAAAAACGAUAAGACUUCCUCCGAGCGAGCUCGUGUCGAAGGUGCACUCGUGGAUAUGGGAGUGUGGUGUGCGUGCGUGCGUGCGUGAAUGUAAUAAGGGAAAAAGACUAGCAAGCAGUAGGCCAGGUCUCAAAUUUGCGUAAAAUCCUUGUUUUCUCAAUUGUGAACGGUAGCAUCUGUAGAAAGCUUUAGAGCAGCUACGAUUUGUGUUUUUAAAAAGGUGCAUAAAGAGAAAGAAAUAUAUAAGAUGGAUGCUAUACAUUA